AGAGAGGAUAGCAGUAACUGGGUGACAUCGGCUUUUUUAUUUCAAAUAAAUGCGUCUUAGUUAUGGAAACGAAACCAUUGAGUUUAUAGAAAACGGUUUACCACAAACAAAACGAAAUUUUUUGGAACAGGAAAAAGUUAAACGUAUAACUUAGAGCUAGUCUAAUACCUUUCUAACAUUACUUAGCUAGCUAACGUCUAAUCCGUGCGAAGAAAAUGGGAGACUUUGGAGGCCAAACGCGAUCAGGCUACGAGCGCCUGACUGCCGAGGAAAUGGACGAACAGCGAAUUCAGAAUGUAGCCUAUCAGUACCUUUGCCGUCUGGAGGAGGCCAAAAGAUGGAUGGAGGCAUGUCUCCAGGAGGACCUGCCUGCACCCACUGAACUUGAGGAGGGACUGAGGAAUGGGGUUCUGCUGGCCAAGCUGGGUCACUGCUUUGCACCCAAAGUUGUCCCCCUCAAGAAGAUCUAUGACUUGGACCAGGGGCGCUACAAGGCAAAUGGACUGCACUUCCGCCACACCGAUAACAUAAAUCACUGGAGAAAUGCAAUGGUGGAGGUCGGAUUGCCAACGAUGUUCCAGCCUGAGACCACAGACAUCUAUGACAAGAAGAACAUGCCACGCACAGUGUACUGUAUCCAUGCCCUUAGCCUUUAUCUGUUCAGACUGGGACUGGCCCCUCAGAUCCAUGACCUGUGUGGCAAAGUCAAGUUCACAGAGGAAGAGAUCAACAACAUGAAGCGAGAGCUGGAUAAGUAUGGCAUUCAGAUGCCAGCUUUCAGCAAGAUCGGGGGCAUCUUGGCCAAUGAGCUGUCUGUGGAUGAGGCUGCAGUGCACGCAGCAGUGAUAGCCAUUAAUGAGGCGGUGGAGAGAGGCUGUGUAGAGGACACUGCCCUGGCCCUGAGGAACCCCAACGCCAUGCUGGCUGACCUGUGGAACCACCUCAUGCCCGUCUACCAGGAGAUGCUGCGCCAGGCUCGUGCCCUGAAGGCUGCUCGUGCGAACACCAAGGUGAAUGGCUCUGAGGAAAAGGACAUCUAUGAGGAAUAUCUCACCCAGACUGAGAUCCAGGACAGUAUCAACAAGGUGAACGUGAAUGCGGUGGUGGAGCAGGUGGACGAGGCUCUGGAGUGCGGGGACUCUCUGGCUCUCCUCUCUGCCCUGCAGACCCCCUACCUGGGCUUGCGGGCCGUGCACAGAGACCAUGCCCCCUGGUACCUGGAGCAGCUGGCUGCUGACCGCGAGCAGAAGGCCCUGGACCUGGGAUGUGUGGAUCCUCUGGAUCGUGACGAGCUGCAGGAGGGGGUCUACAUGGCAAACGAUGAGGCACAAAGCUCGCAGACAAUUCAGCAGGCGGUGCGGGGGAUAAACGAGGCCUUGCGUCGAGCCGAGGCCAGGCAGACCGUGCGUGCUUUGAUGAACCCGGACGCCCAGCUUCCGGACGUCUACCCCUUCGCCUCAGAGCUGUACCAGCGUGAGCUGGGGCUCCUGCAGGGACAGACCCCUCAGGGGGAGCUGCAACAGGAGGAGCUGUUUGUGGCAGUGGAGAUGCUGUCCUCAGUGGCUCUGAUCAACCAGGCCUUGGAGGCCAAGGAUACCGGUGCCUUCUGUGCGACACUGGUCAGCCCAGCAGCGGGGCUGUCUGAUAUCGAUGACGGUUUGGUUCAGAGGUACUUUGAGGAGCUGUGUGGGCUGAAGAGGCAGGCAGGGAGGGCUUUGCUGACGUGGAACGAGCUCCAGGGAGGGCUGAACACCGUCAACACGGCAGUGCAGGAAGAGCAUGACCAGAUCCUCAGCAUCGAGCUGAUCAACCAGGCCCUGUGCCGCGGCGACCCGCAGCAGACCCUGGCCGCGCUGCUGCUGCCCUCCAGUGGCCUGGAGGCGGUACAGCCCCUCAAUGCCAGGCGCUACCACGAUGUGCUGACCCAGGCCAAAAAACGCAAAGCAGAGGAGAGCCGUGAUCCUUCAGCUGAGCUCUGGUUGGCUGAUAUUCAAGAGGGCGUGAGGAAGGCCAAUCAGGACACUCAGAGAGCUCUGAAGAUGUCCCUGGGGCUGGCGGCAGUCAAUCAGGCGGUGAAGGAGGGCAGGGUGUCUCAGACGCUGCGGGUCCUGGGGCUGCCAGAGGUGGCCCUGAGAAGCAUAGUGGCGGAGUGCGCCCCGGUGUAUCAGGCCGAGCUGAUCGCUCUGCUGAGGGCCAAGGCCAUGGGGGGUGAUAACGGCAGCCCCUGGGUCAGGCACAAGAUGCAGGACGGGAGCUCAUACUACUUCCACCUGCAGAGGCUGGAGGGCGCGUGGGAGCGGCCCAAGGGCUUUGUGCAGAACAGCCUGUUCCUGGGGCACGGGGAGAUCCAGGAGGUUCUGUGGAGCGUGACGGCAGCACACAGUCGGGAGGUGCAGUGGAAGGCCAGCGAGGCCCUGGUGGUUCAGCUGCAGGCCAGGGUGCGGGGCUUCCUGGUGAGGCAGAGGCUGGGACAUCGCCUCCACUUCCUGCACACGCAGCUGCCCGCCAUCGUCACCAUACAGUCCCACUGGAGGAGGUACAGACAGCAGCAGGCCUACAGACGGAGGCUGCGGUACCUCCACCGCAACUGGAGAGCAGUAAUCAAGAUCCAGGCCAGUGUGAGGAUGUGGCUGGCCAGACGCAGGUACCUGGCUCGACUCAGACACUUCAGGCGAAACGUGCGUGCUAUUGUGAAGAUCCAGGCGUUUUUCAGAGCGAAUAAGGCGCGUGACGACUACAGAAUGCUGGUGCACUCCCACGCUCCACCCCUCUCGGUGGUGCGGAAGUUCGCCCACCUGCUGGAGCAGGGCGACGCCGACAUCCGCCAGGAGGGGGAGCUGCUGCGCGUGCGCGAGGAGGUGGUGCGCACCAUCCGCUCCAACCGCCAGCUGGAGGCCGACCUGGACCUGAUGGACCUGAAGAUCGGCCUUCUGGUCCGCAACCGAGUCACCCUGCAGGAGGUGGUGUCCCACUGCAAGAAGCUGACCAAGAAGAACAAGGAGCAGCUGUCGGACAUGAUGGCUCUGGACAAACACAAAGGGCUCAAGUCCCUGAGCAAAGACAAGCGGGAGAAGCUGGAGGCCUAUCAGCACCUCUUCUACCUGCUGCAGACCCAGCCCCCGUACCUGGCCAAGCUCAUCUUCCUCAUGCCCCAGAACAAGAGCACGCGCUUCAUGGAGACGGUCAUCUUCACCCUGUUCAACUACGGCUCUGACUGCAGGGAGGCCUACCUGCUGCUGCAGCUGUUCACCGCGGCCCUGCGGCACGAGAUCAAAGUGAAGGUGGACCAGCCGCAGGAGGUGGUGAAGGGCAACCCGACCGUCAUCAAGAUGCUAGUGGGCUUCUACCGCCACGCCCGGGGCCAGAACGCCCUCAGGGACAUCCUGGGGCCCGCCAUCCGGGAGGUGCUGCAGGAGAGGGCCCUCAGCAUCCGCACAGACCCGGUGGAGAUCUACAAGAGCUGGAUCAACCAGACCGAGUCCCAGACCGGCCACAAGAGCACCCUGCCGUAUGAGGUCAGCGCUGAGCAGGCCCUCAGCCACCCAGAGGUUCAGCAUCGCCUGGGCCUCGCCAUCACCAACCUCAAAACCCUGACCGACCGCGUGCUGCACGCCAUCACCGCCAACGUGCACAAACUGCCAUACGGGAUGCGCUACACGGCCAAGGUCCUGAGAGAGGCCCUGCAGGAGAAGUUCCCCCACGCCAGCGAGGACGAGCUCUACAAGAUCGUGGGGAACCUGCUGUACUACCGCUACAUGAACCCGGCGGUGGUGGCGCCGGACGGGUUCGACGUGGUGGACUUCUCGGCGGGGUCCGUCCUGCUGCCCGACCAGCGGCGCACCCUGGGCUCCGUUGCACGCAUCCUGCAGCACAGCGCCGCCAACAAGCACUUCCAGGGCGACAGCGCCCACCUGCGCGCCCUCAACGACUACAUCACCGUCACCCACGCCAAGUUCAGUAAGUUCCUGCUCGCUGCGUGCGAUGUUCCAGAGCCGGGGGAUCGUUUCAGCAUCGAUGAGUACUCCGAGAUGGUCAUCCUGAACAAACCUGUCAUCUACAUCUCCAUCAGCGAGCUCCUCAACACCCACAAGCUGCUGCUGGAGCAUCAGGACUCCCUGUGCCCGGACCCCUCUGACCCCCUGCGGGAGCUGUUGAGGGAUCUUGGGAAGGUGCCUUCUAUCCAGGCUCUUGUUGGGGAGGGAGUAGUGACCACCGGGGACCCUAACGCGGAACAGAUCCUGGCACAGUACAGCAAGCUUGAGGUGUCUCUCACCCUGACCAGCAAGUUUGACAUCUUCCGGAACUCUGAUGACCGGCCUGAUGCCAGAGGGAUCCUGCUUAGUACCAAGCAGCUGAUCAUCGAUGUGAUUCGGACACAACCCGGGGAAACACUGAGUGAAGUUCUGAGGUCCUCCAUCUCCCGUGAUCAGGAAGUGCAGCACUGCUGGAUGAUGCAGCGCAGGGCUCAGCGAGACGCCCGCACCCCAGAGAAAAUGAAGAGGAACCAGUCCAUCGUCGCUGACGGCAACCUGUCCCUGGAGGAGAAGAAGAGGAAGAUUCAGCGCAGCCUGAGGAGGCUGGAGGCCCUGGGGGUGCUGACCCCCCCGGACACGGAGACCCAGAUCCUGCAGCUCAUCGCCAAGGACAUCCGUCACCAGCGGCUGUACCGGCAGCGGAGGCAGGCGGAGCUGGUGAAGCUGAGGCAGACCCAGGACAGCCUGCACUGCAAGAGCUCCUUCCACAGCGAGCAGGUGGACUACUACAGCCAGUACAUCACCACCUGCCUGCAGAACCUCACCGCCAAAAACAGUAAGGGGAAUGGAAAGAAGGCGGCAGAAAGCAAGGGGAAGAAGUGCAAGCAGCCCGCCCUGACGUACACCGCCGCCCGGCUGCACGAAAAGGGAGUCCUGCUGGAGAUCGAGGACCUGCCUGUAACCCAGUUCAAGAACGUGAUCUUUGACAUCGUGCCCAGUGAGGAGGGGGGCACUUUCCUGGUGAAGGCUCGCUUCAUGGGAGUGGACAUGGAGAAGUUCCCUCUCAAAUACCAGGAUCUCCUCCAGCUUCAGUAUGAGGGAGUCGCUGUGAUGAAGAUGUUUGACAAGGCCAAAGUCAAUGUCAACCUGCUCAUUUUCCUCCUCAACAAAAAGUUCUUCAAAAAGUGAUGAGGUACAACGUCACGGCAUCCAGGGAAGAAUACAACGUCACGGAAUCCAAACAAUCGUCGCCCUCAUAGCCUGAUGCGUUUUAUCCUACAGUCACUUACUGAAACCACAUGUCAGCUCUCCAGCCCAUCAUCUUUGGACAAAUGUCAGUUCUUUUAAAGGCAGUUUGUUUCAGGACCGGGACUAAAUGUAAAACUUUGUUAAUGGAAUUGGUGCAUAAAGCAUUUGAAGAUUGACAGGGUUAUUGUCUUUAACUGAUAUUUAAUCAGUAUCCCUGAUCAUUUAUUCAGUCUGACACUGGCCCAAUUUGACUAUUUAAACAUUAAGUCCUACCUAGGCUUAUUUUACCAGUUAAUUGAAUACACUACCAGGAUUUCACCAUGGUUUAUUCACAAGACAAUAUGAAUAAAACGGUCUACCAUGUAGAACACUACAACAGCCCAAUUUCAGUAAAUUCUCCAUCAUGGCUUUAGAAGCAAAGGAUGCAUGGAAAUGCUAAAAAAAAAAAAAAAAAACUUAAAAAAAAAUAAAUAAAAACAAACACUCUGUUUCUGGAAGGGGGGAAUCGCAUAUUUAACUGUCCCGUGACUGAAAGGAUAACUGGAGCAAUCUGAUGAGGUUUUAUAUAUUUUGCAUGUUUUUUUAUUAUUAUUAUUCUUUGCAAUGACUGCUAAAACCGGCGAAGGAUAUGGUAGCUUUAGACAUCUAUUUGUAUCUUAUUUGGGUUCAUAUUUUCAGUGCCAUUUAAUAGGAUUACAAGCCAUACUAAGAACUCCAGCUCAUGUUCUUCUCCUGCAGAAGAUAAUUUUCUGUUUGUUUUUUUACUUUUAUUAUGGAAGCAGGGAUUUUUGUUUUUUUGUUUCUUUUAAAUACUUGACUGUCCAAGGUACUCCUGACCAGUUUUUGCUUUAUUUUUAUCUACCAGUAACCGUGAAACUUUUUUUUUUUAAUAUAUCAAAAGGGAAUAGCUAUAUAGGUUAUAUACAUACAGAAUCAAUAAUGCAGAAUGUAUCUGUGCACUCCUUUUGUUUCACUCAUAUUUAGAGCUACAUGUCAUAAUGAUAUUUUAAGGUUGAUGGCUUCGUCGCUGUUCCUCUUUCAAACCCCUGACCAGCUCCCCAUGCAUUAUUUAUGGAAUGCACUUAAAUAGAACACUCCAGCUCACACGUAUUAUGCAUACAAUCCCAGGGUAUUAGUGCACUGCUUUUAAUUGGCUGAAGCCUGCUGUUUAGCUUCUGGAGGUUACACUCCUCAUGUAUAUCUGUGAGAUUGAGAAUUGUUUGAUCUCUUUCGGAGUUAACCCUUUUUUCUUUUUCACCGUGUGCCAGAGGAAAUGGCAGUUGCGACAGGCGACUUCCUGUGAUUGUUUUUUUUUUUUUUUGGCUUCUGUACUGUUGAUCACUAACAAGAGCAGCACAAAUGAAAGGCAUGUGCCAUUUUUAACGGAGAAUGCAGACGACACUAACUCGAAGGAUACACCCUUGUCUUUGGUGUUUGGUUGUUGUGGAGGCAAGUUGUCUCACGAUGGUACCUAAUCUAAGUUGUCAGUUUGGACCCAGUCCCUUGUAAAUAUUUUCUAUUGUAAGGUAUUCUUUUACCUGCCCCUUUUAUUACACUAUCCUGCUUUCUUCUACUAUCCAGAUUUGUAUAGCUUCAUCUUUUCAUGUCACUUUCCUUAAACAUGAUAUAAAUGGUUUGAACGCCUUAGACAAAUAGCCUCAGAAUUACCUGCUGUUUUCUAAAAACACAUCCUCUGAUACAUGCAUGGGAAACAUCCCAUUGUAACAUUACCAGUACAUCUAUGAGGGGGAUGUUUUGCAUCAGUAUGAACAUUUUUAACCCAAUUUAUGUUCAGUGCACUUCUGUUUGUCAUAAUAAAAUAUGUUUGAGUA